UUAAGGAAAGGCGCUAAUAGUCCUUAUAAAAACUACAGCUAUCCAAGUAGAAAAAAAGAAGAAGCUGAGGACCACUGAAAUAGCUCAAGCAGAAGCUUUGAGACGCCGCUGGUAUGUAAUGCCUAUUUCUAUUGAGUCUGUUAUUUUAUGUAGUUUUCGACUGCUGUUCGGUGGAAAUGCAGUAUGUUGUUUGCUGAGCAUUGAGCAAUGUUUAGUUUAACUCGUUAAUACCAUACAAUAUAUUUUGUCUUUGACAUCAACCUCACCUAAAGCUCUGAAGUAAAGCUUAAGAGAACAAGUGGAUUUGAGUUGAUCAAGCAUCCUCUAGUACUCUACAAACUUCAGCCAUUUUUUCCACAGUUAACGUUACAUUACACCGUUAAUUAAAGCCAAAUUGUCUUAAUUAAAUGGAUAAUGACUCAGUGCAAGCCGUAGCUGGGGGUUGGUCCGUUUGGAUUAGAGUAGCAAUUGUUUGAAUGUUUAAAACAACCGUAACAUCGAUGCUAAUUUCUGUUUGCCCGAUCAUUGCGUUUCUCUUAACGAUGUCUAAACUACUGUGGAUACUGUGAAGUGAUGUUAUUAACAUUACUGAUGUUUCUUUCAGUAUGUUGAAUGCCACCACAAAGUUUUGACUUUGUUUGUAGGGUUUCAGGUGCGCCAUCUUUGUCAGAGUUGUCAAAGUGUUGAUUCAAAUACUUUGUUGAGAAAGGAAAAAGUAAAAGACAAAGAAAAUUGUUCCGAGGGUUCGUCAUGUUUGCUCUUUUCUAGCGACAGCAGGGGCCGCUUAGUUUGUCGCUCAAAACUCUGUUGCCUGGUCCAUCCCUGGAUUCAAACAAUCCAAGUUAGAAUGGGAGGUAGACAUAUAAAGCAGAGCUUAAUGAGAAAGAACAUUUUCGAUGGAUGGAUGGACUGGCAACUGUGGAUGAACGGAUGGAUGUGAUAUUAGCUUUUCCGCUGACAGUGUCACACACUUGGACAAUAACUGUGUGUCUGUGUGCGUGUUUAUUAGCUGCACCACAGAAAAUGCUGGUUCAUAUAAAGAGGGGAACUAUGCAGUAUUUCUAUUGCUGCUCCUUAUGGGGAUCUUGUACUUCACCCACGAUUUAUACCCUAAAAAUUCUAGGAUGGUCAGACUCGAUUCUAGAAGGGAUCAUGGAAACUAUCUGCCGCCUCUACAUGUGACCUAUCAACUUCUUGCAGGACAACGACCAGCCACUAAAUCUAGGUACCUAUGUGUUGGACUGUCAUCAGUGAAGAGUAAGACUGGCAGCUACCUGAUCCCCACGUUACAGUCCCUCUUUGCAUCUACAUCUCCUAAAGAGCGCUCGUCCAUGGUGGUUGUAGUGUUGGUCGGAGAUUUUGAUGUCUGCUGGCGGACAGACAUGGUGAAGAAGAUCAAAUCAGCAUUCUCCUCAGCGCUACAGCAAUGUCACCUGUUGGUCUUUCAUGUUCCCGAGGAGAACUACUCACCUUUAACAGAUCAAAAGAGGAACAACGAUUCUUCAGCAAUAGUAGCGCAUCGCUCCAAGCAGAAACUGGAUUAUGCUUUCCUUGUGCAGUACAGCUUAGGCCUGGGCAGUUACUACCUUCAGCUGGGAGACCAGAUCUCUGCUGCAGAUAACUUUCCCACGAUCAUUAAAAAGUGCGUUGAGGAGCAAGAUGCCAAGAAGACAAACUGGGCGACGCUGGAGUUCUCCAGCCUUGCAUCCAUUGGGAAACUCUACAAGUCGACCGACCUUCCUCUGCUGGCACGUUUUCUUUUCCUCUUCCAUCAAAGAAUGCCCAGCUACUUGUUGAUGUCUACAUUUCCACUGCUGCUCGCUCAGCAGAAGCCCAUCAUUGAGUAUUCACUGUUCAAACACAUGGGGACUCGUCAUCCCAAGACAUCCAAGAAUGUAAAAGACAUCAACUUGAAGGAGAGUGUUGACUAAAUAUUGUCACAAUACCAACAUUCUAAGUUUGAUAUUAUACCCAUAACUCAAAACUAAUACUGUAUUAAUACCAUGGCAAAAAACGUAAAACGGUAAAAGCAGUAGAAUCAUAGAUGAGAAAACAGGGAAAAUCGAAUACUUGGUAUUAAGCCAGCCAUCCAUUUUCCUCCGCUCGUCCGAGGUCGGGUUGCCGGAGCAGCAGCUUGAGCAGGGAGACCCGGACUUCCAUCUCCCCAGCCACCUCUUCCAGCUCUUCCGGGGGGAUCUCGAGUCGUUCUCUGGCCAGCCGAGCGGCGUAGUCUUUCCACCGUGUCCUGAGUCGUGCCUGGAACACCUCACCAGGGAGGCGUCCAGGGGGUAUCCUGACCAAAUGCUUGAGCCACCUCAUCUGGCUCCUCUCGAUGUGGAGGAGCAUCGGCUCGACUCUUGAGCCCCUCGCGGAUGACCGUGCUUCUCACCCUAUCUCUGAGAGAGCCCGGAGAACCUGCGGAGCAAACUCAUUUUGGCCACUUGUAUCCGCAAUCUUGUUUGUUCGGUCAUGACACACAGCUUGCGACCAUAGGUGAGGGUAGGGAAAAUAGAUUGAUGGUAACCACGACAGACUGAUACAACAUGACUCCAGAUGCCGCAUCGAUAUGUCUGUCGAUCUGCCGCUCCAUUCUUCCCUCACUCAUGAACAAGACCCCAAUGUAGUUAAACUCUCCACUUGGGGCAGGAUCUUUUCCCCGACCCGGAGAGGGCACUUCACCCUUUUCCGACUAAGGACCAUGGCCUCAUAUUUGGAGGUGCUGAUUUUCAUCCUAGCCGCUUCACACUCAGCUGCGAACCGCUCCAGCGAGAGUUGAAGAUCACAGCUUAAUGAAGCCAUCAGAACCACAUCUGCAAAAAGCAGGCGGCACGGUUCUCUGUUCUCUCCCCGUGCCUUCUCCGGGUUCCUCCCACAUCCCAAAAACACGUAAAGACACUAAAUUGACCGUGUGAAUGUUAGUGUGGCAACAACACUAGGAUUAUUUGUCUGUAUUGUCCCCUCAUGACCCUAGUGAGGAUUAGUGGAGGUUACAGAAAAUGGAUGUAUGGUAAACCCGUUAAGUAUCUAAUUGUGAUGUUUUGAUACCCAAAAAAUUAAGAAAUGUCACAUGGCUUUAACUAUGACGUGUACAAAUUGUCACAAGGCUUUGUAACUGUUGACUUGUGUUUGACGAUAUAACAAAUGCUGUCACAAGACUUGGAUGAGGAAAGGAUAAAGGCACUAAUAGAAAAAAAUGAGGAAAAGGAUAAAUGCACUAAAAGGAAAAAAAACAACUAUAGCUAUCCAAGUACAAAAAUAGUUGAGGACUUCUGCUGAAUGAGCUCAAAUGAAGCUUUGAGAUGCUGUUUAAUGUAUUUGGACUGCUGUUUGAUGGAAAUAUGAGGAUGUAUGUAGACUUGACACCGAUCUGAUCGGCUUGAUCGUACUGGCCGAUAAUUAGCAUUUUUUCUGUUCGGCUUCAAUGCCAUAAUUUGCCGAUUGGCUCAGCAAAAGACAUAUACUCUGCGUCGCCAUCGUGUACAGUAUAUUUUAAUCCAAAGGCUAGUUUUUUUUAUUUUUUUAUUUUUUUUGCUUUGUCGUGUCUUCUGAUGUAGUACUAAAAUAUCUGACCGCCAAUAGUUAAAAAAAAAGUCGGCGGUGUGGGACAGACAACACGUGAGAGAAUCAGACUAGACACAUUUGGUCUGUCACGAUUGCAAUGUCAGGCUACUGCAAUAAAAUCUUGUAUUCCGAUACCACCGCAUUCCGUCUUUUACGAUCACUGGGCUUUUAGCCACCGGAUACAUGCGUUACCAUGGCGACGACGACAAUGUAUUGCACCGCGUGGGUUACAAAAUGGGGGAAAAUGUGUGGUGGCAGUCACCGGUGCUCGGGAGAGAACGUUCAUUUAAGGAUUACUUGAGGUAUGUUUACAUACUUGUAAAUAUGAUACGGCGCGCAAGCACGCAACAAUGUUAUGUAGCCCAGCAAGCUAGUGCUAGCACUAACAGUUGUAUGUAAACAUGCCGGCGUUAAAUCAGUUUCGGAUAGUUCGGUCAGUUAAAAAGUCAGUUAAAAUUUUGUUUCGGUUUGUGUGACUUAUAAUAAAGUAAUUUAAUUUACUUUAUUUUUUAUGAAUUAAUUUCAGUAAGUUAACACUUAAUUAUUUCUGUCAUGUUGUAAUGUGGCGGCACGGUGGCCGACUGGUUAGAGCGUCAGCCUCACAGUUCUGAGGACCCGGGUUCAAUCCCCGGCCCCGACUAUGUGGAGUUUGCAUGUUCUCCCUGUGCCUGUGUGGGGUUUUCUCCGGGCACUCCGGUUUCCUCCCACAUCCCAAAAAAACAUGCAUAAAUUGGAGACUCUAAAUUGCCCGUAGGCAUGACUGUGAGUGUGAAUGGUUGUCUGUUUGUAUGUGCCCUGCGAUUGGCUGGCAACCAGUUCAGGGUGUACCCAGCCUCCUGCCCGAUGACAGCUGGGAUAGGCUCCAGCACGCCUGCGACCCUAGUGAGGAUAAGCGGCUCAGAAAAUGGAUGGAUGGAUGGAUGUUGUAAUUUUGGUUUUGACAUGACUGAUUAGAAUACAUGACCUGAAUAGAGAAUUCUUUUGAAGCUACUCGGUACACAACUAUAUACAGUAAAUGAACAAGUCAUUUGAAUAGACAUGUUGCUCCAUCUUGUGACGGAUCGGUGAUGGGUUAUCGUUUUUUAAAACUUGAUCGGCCCCUAAAAUCCUGAUCGGAUAAAGGCUAGUUGUAUGCUGAGCAUUGGGCAAUGUUUAGUAAUACCAUACAAUAUUUCUCUUGUCUUUGAUAUACGGUUAUUAACCUAAAGCUCUUAAGUGUGAAAUAAAGCUCAUUAAAAAAAAAAGUUGAGUUAAUGAAGCGUCCUCUAUAAACUUCUCAGCCAUUUUUCUUUCAGUUAACGUUACACCCUUACAGCCACGUGUCUUAAUUAAAUGGAUGAGUGAGUCAGUGCAGUCCGUAGCUGGGGGCUGCUCUGUUUGGAAUAAAGUAGCUCCACAAUUCAUAACUACAUAGUUCUGUCUUUGCACGUUUUCAGCAAUUUUUGACAGAAAUGCACUUUGGGCCCCAUGGAGGUACAGGCUGGCUCUGUGAACUUUGAUUUGAAUCUGUCAUAUUCAAACUGAUGGUUAUGGAUUUGGUUCCCUUCAGAUGAGACCAAAACAAUAGUUAAAUAUUUAUCAGCUUUUCCGUCUUCCUCCCUGCUGUUUGCCACAAUCAUGAAAGAGGAAAAUAUCUGAACAGCAGCAACAUCCGACUGUGCAAAACAGUACGACACGAUCCCACGUAUUCCCGACUCCUGCAAGCCAUUUGAAGUUGGCGUAAUUAUGCACAGAUUUGUCACCAGCGCAAAAUCACUUGGCCAAAAAUAAUGUACCGUGCCCAAGCUGUGAUGUGGCAGAGCGCAACAGUGCUGGCGAACCUUUUAUGAGUCAACACGCAUACACAAACACUUCUCUAUUUGCAUACAACGGCUCAGCAUGCACCCUUGGGAUAUUUAAGCAACUUUUGUUUUCAUCAUAUGCCAGAAGAGUUGUGUUUGCAUGUACAGUACAAUCGUUGGCUUAGUUUGACUUCAUCGCAUUGUCCAUUGCCAUUUACUGGGCACAGUCAAAAUAAUCUCGUAGUGUGGAACCGAUUGUAUACGCAACUUGGCUGUGACCAACAGCACUGUUGCCUCACUCAUUUGUUAAUUUUAUAAUGUAAUAGUUAUACACAUCAUAUACUUGUUUAAUA